GCUGCAGCUCCGGGCCUGCUGCGCCUGUCUCCACGGCAGAGCCCUGAGCGUCUGCCCAGCCAAGUCCAUCUGGCUGGAUCCAUAAAGAGCUUGGGCUCCUGGCAUUUCUCAGGAGGUAUAUGUAUACUGAUGACCACGUACAGAUGCUGAGCUCCCCAAGGCACUGAAGAUCUCCUCAGGCCACAAGGGUUCCGCGGGCCUCCUAGCACCCCGGACGUGGGCAGCCUUCCUCAAGGCAUCCACCUGCACUAAGCCACCUUCUGAGAAAGCGAUGAUGAAAUGGAGGCAAGGAGAGGGGAAAUGUACUGACAGCUAGUUGCUUCCCCCUCCCCUCCCCCCCCCCGUCACCGCCAAGCCUGCCCUGUGACAGCAGUGUUAUUGCUCAGUGUCACCUCCGCUUGUGACAUGCUCCCUCCGGUCCCCCUUGCCUACCUCUGUCCCUCGCCAUGGGUCCUGACGCAUAGGAGUGAACACACUGCCCUUUUCCUGCCUGCUGCCUUCUGGGGCAGAGCCUGAGGCUCCAGGUAAACCACAGGAACUCAAGGGCACUUCAGGACAAGCCUGGGUCUUGGAGAAAGCUUCCUGAAGAAAGGGAGCCUCGCACCCUGACCCAGGAGACACAAGCAAAGGCCUGGAAACACACGUGAUUCCUCUCGGUGACUGUCCUCUGAGCACACUGCUGCGGAAUGAUGGGCAGUCUGCCCAGCAGAGGGAAAUCCCUGGCCAGCCCAAGCUCCUGCCCCUCGGCCCCAGGCCCAGGCCCCACACCCCUGCAAGCAGAAAAGAGCCAGGCUGCAGGCGUGGCCCUGGGCAGCUUCCCAGCAGGCAGCCAGACAGAGCCAUCACUGAGAUUGGGGGAACCGGUGACCAUCCUCUCUGAGGAUGGAGACUGGUGGACGGUGCUGUCAGAUGUCACGGGCCGGGAGUACAGCAUUCCCAGCGUCCUUGUGGCCAGAGUGUCCCACGGGUGGCUGUAUGAAGGCCUGAGUCGGGAGAAGGCUGAGGACUUGCUGCUGCUGCCUGGGAACACUGGUGGGGCCUUCCUCAUCCGGGAAAGCCAGACCAGGAGAGGCUGUUACUCUCUAUCAGUCCGCCUCAGCCGCCCUGCCUCCUGGGACCGGAUCCGACACUACAGGAUCCAGCGCCUCGACAACGGCUGGCUGUACAUCUCACCGCGCCUCACCUUUCCCUCACUGCAAGCCCUGGUGGACCACUAUUCAGAGCUUGCAGAUGACAUCUGCUGCCUCCUUAAGGAGCCCUGUGCCCUGCAAAGAGCAGGCCUGCCCCCUGGCAAGGACAUACCUCUGCCAGUGACAGUGCAGAGGGGGCCACUCAACUGGGAAGAGCUGGACAGCUGCCUCCUAUUUGGUGAGGGAGUGGAGGCUGCAGGCCAGGAGUCUCUCCUCAGCGAGGGGCUCCGGGAGUCCCUGAGCUCCUACCUCAGCCUGACUGACCACAGCUCCUUGGACGAUGCCGAAGUCCAAAGCAGAGGCCGGAAGGAGAGCCGAGGUGGCUGCACAUAGAACUCCUACCUGGUUGCACCAGACUGGUGCCACAGAGAUGCUGCUGUACUGUGCAAUGGCCCAUGAAGUAUUGCCACACUGUUUUCAGAAGACUUGAAAUGCCACUGAUAGUUUAAAAAACUGUGCACCUGACAGAAGACCGAGGAAGACAACUGAAUGUGUUGUCAGGAUCCAGAGGCGCAGCAGC